CAGGACCCUCUCCGAAACCAGCCAGCGAGUUGCGAGCGACGUCCGUGCAAGGUCGGUUCUCUCUUUUCCUCUCCCUAUCACAUCACUGCCCUCACAAGGCACAUACACGACAACCCGAUCCCGUCUGUUUUCGUAUUUUGCAUCGUUGAGCAAUUGAACCAGUGCUUUGAGCUCGCAAUGACUGAAACUCCCGAAACGACCACAAAAACACCCGUUCCCAGCGAGAAGCUGUUGGACUACAAGUGGGACGUCUGUCUGUCCAAUAUGCUCGUCAAAUCAGGCAUUGGCCUUGGGGUGGGCGUUUUGAGCUCUGUUCUUCUCUUCCGACGGGCUUCAUGGCCAGUGUGGAGUGGCCUCGGAUUCGGCCUUGGAAAAUCCUAUGCGGAAUGUGACAUGCAAUUUCGCACACUUCAUCCCUCGCGUCCGUCUUUCUCGAACAAAAAAAAUGAAGAGUAGUCGCAGGGAUUACUCCUUUUUUCGCGUCAACAUUUCUUCGUCUUUACCCUCCCUUUACCCUCUCCUUCUUACAUCAUUUCCCCUUUACCUUUUGAGUCUCACGCUUAAAUUGUUUAACUGGAACCAAUCAGAAUCUUUGUUUUUUCGGCUAGGCUGUCGCAUAUACGUCAUAGCGGGACUUUUUGCUCUAGACAUACGUGGUUGUUUGACAAACCUUAGUAAG